AUGUCGCUCGACCUGCAGCAGUCGGUCGCCCAGCUGCAGCAGCUCUUCGACGCCGGCAAGAAGGACGAGGUCACCAAGCUUGUCACCCAGCUCAAGCUGGCCCAGUCGGGACUCUACUUUGCUCCUCCCGAUGCCAAUCCCCAGGACCUGCUUGCUGCUCGUACGAUCAUUGAGAUCGGAGCCUUCAACGCUCUGAGGCAGAGCAAUCUCGCCGCGUACAACCAGUACAAUGCUGCGCUUCAACCGUUCUAUGUCAAUCUCGCCAACACCCUGCCGCCGUCUGCGAACCGGCCGAUCAUCAUCGGCCUGCAGCUCCUGACGAUGCUGUCCGAGGGCAAGUACUCGCAGUUCCACAUGGCGCUUGAGGGUCUGGACGUGAGCGAGCUCGGGGACGUCUUCGUGCGCUGGCCGGUGGACCUCGAGCGCUGGAUGAUGGAGGGAGCAUACAACAAGAUCUACCGGGCGCGCGACCGUGUUCCGCGCGAGGAGUAUGCUGUUCUGCUCGAGCGGCUGAUGGGAACGAUCAGGGAGCAGAUCGCGCUCACGAUCGAGACGUCGUAUCCGUCGCUGCCGCUGCAGAACGCUGCGCAGCUCCUCUUCUUCCGCUCGGGCGAGACGGCCCAGCUCGUCGAGUUCGCGAAGGAGCGUGGAUGGGACCUCGAGCCCUCCACCCAAACCUUCACUUUCCCCAAGUCGCCCAUCCCGGACAUCGCCCUCGCUGCCGUCGCCGCGCACGACUCAUCUCGCAUCACGAUGGACCUUGCGGGCGGAAAGGGUAUCAAGCGUGGUGGACCCAUGCAGUCGAUGGUCAAGCCGGCACUUGAGCUGGCGCAGCAGCUCGAGGCGAUUGUUUAG